GGCUGCUAGUUGGUGCCCAGCUUCUUCAGAGGAGACUUCUAGAUUAGGAGCGAGUUGGAAACCGUACUAUUCAGAGCUUCAUUGCGCUCAGAAAUAGACUCAUCAGACCAGGCAACGUUUUUCCAGACUUCAACAGUCCAAUUUUGGUCCGCUUUACUGAAGGAUCAUGGCACAAAAUGAUGCAGACAAAUACCUAUAUGUGGAUCGCAAUUUAAUCAACAAUCCCUUAGCUCAGGCAGACUGGUCUGCAAAAAAGCAAGUAUGGGUACCCUCAGAAAAACAUGGUUUUGAAGCAGCAAGUCUGAAGGACGAGGUUGGGGAUGAUGUCAUUGUUGAGUUAGCAGAGAAUGGCAAAAAAGUAAAGGUCAAUAAAGAUGAUGUACAAAAGAUGAACCCACCUAAAUUCUCCAAAGUUGAAGAUAUGGCUGAGUUGACCUGUCUGAAUGAAGCAUCUGUCCUGCACAAUCUGAAGGAGCGAUACUACUCUGGCUUAAUAUAUACUUAUUCUGGUUUGUUUUGUGUGGUAAUCAACCCAUACAAGAACCUACCAAUUUAUUCUGAAGAAAUUGUUGAUAUGUACAAAGGAAAGAAGAGACAUGAAAUGCCUCCACAUAUAUAUGCCAUCACUGACACUGCCUAUCGUAGCAUGAUGCAAGAUAGAGAAGACCAGGCUAUUCUUUGCACAGGGGAGUCUGGUGCUGGCAAAACAGAAAAUACAAAAAAAGUAAUCCAGUACUUGGCCUAUGUUGCAUCUUCUCAUAAAUCCAAGAAAGAUCAGGGUGAGCUGGAGAGACAGUUGUUGCAAGCUAAUCCAAUCCUUGAAGCAUUUGGAAAUGCCAAAACUGUCAAAAAUGAUAAUUCUUCAAGAUUUGGCAAAUUUAUCCGGAUUAACUUCGAUGUGAAUGGCUACAUUGUUGGAGCAAAUAUAGAAACCUACUUGCUGGAGAAAUCCCGUGCAAUUCGACAAGCUAAGGAUGAAAGAACUUUUCAUAUUUUUUACUACCUAUUAUCUGGAGCUGGAGAACAUUUGAAAACUGAUCUUCUGUUAGAGGCCUACAAUAAGUACCGUUUCCUUUCCAAUGGACAUGUUACCAUUCCAGGUCAGCAGGAUAAAGAUUUGUUUCAAGAAACUUUGGAGGCAAUGAAAAUAAUGAGCAUUCCUGAUGAAGAACAAAUUGGAUUGCUGAAAGUUAUUUCUGGUGUUUUGCAGCUGGGCAACAUUGUGUUUAAGAAGGAGCGAAACACAGAUCAAGCUUCCAUGCCUGAUAACACUGCUGCUCAAAAGGUGUGUCAUCUUCUGGGAAUCAAUGUUAACGACUUCACUAGAGGAAUCCUGAUGCCACGUAUAAAAGUUGGUCGAGACUAUGUGCAGAAAGCACAGACGAAAGAACAGGCAGACUUUGCUAUAGAGGCUCUUGCUAAAGCAACAUAUGAACGGAUGUUCCGCUGGCUUGUGAUGCGAAUUAACAAAGCCUUAGACAAAACUAAAAGACAAGGGGCUUCAUUCAUUGGGAUUCUGGAUAUUGCGGGGUUUGAGAUUUUUGAGCUAAACUCAUUUGAACAGCUAUGUAUCAACUACACUAAUGAAAAACUGCAACAGCUUUUCAAUCACACAAUGUUCAUACUAGAGCAAGAGGAGUACCAACGAGAAGGGAUUGAGUGGAGUUUCAUAGACUUUGGCUUGGACCUUCAGCCUUGUAUUGAUUUGAUAGAACGACCUGCUGGUCCACCUGGUAUACUUGCUCUUCUUGAUGAGGAGUGUUGGUUUCCAAAAGCUACGGAUAAAAGUUUUGUUGAGAAAGUGGUUCAGGAGCAGGGCUCCCAUCCAAAAUUCCAAAAGCCCAAACAGCUGAAAGAUAAAGCUGACUUUUGCGUCAUGCAUUAUGCUGGAAAGGUUGAUUACAAAGCUGAUGAGUGGCUUAUGAAGAAUAUGGACCCACUUAAUGACAAUAUUGCAACACUUCUGAAUCAGUCGUCUGAUAAGUUUGUGUCAGAACUUUGGAAAGAUGUGGAUCGCAUUGUUGGCUUGGAUCAAGUAGCAGGCAUGAGUGAUUCAGCUUUGCCUGGUGUUUUCAAGACCAGAAAAGGAAUGUUCCGUACUGUAGGUCAGUUGUAUAAGGAGCAACUGUCUAAACUCAUGGCUACUCUAAGAAACACAAACCCAAACUUUGUACGCUGCAUUAUCCCAAAUCAUGAGAAAAAGGCUGGUAAAUUGGAUGCCCACUUGGUGCUAGAUCAACUGCGCUGUAAUGGUGUGUUGGAAGGGAUCAGAAUCUGCCGACAGGGCUUUCCUAAUAGAAUUGUUUUCCAAGAAUUCCGACAAAGAUAUGAAAUUCUAACUCCGAAUUCCAUUCCCAAAGGCUUUAUGGAUGGGAAACAAGCAUGUGUUCUAAUGAUAAAAGCCCUGGAGCUAGAUUCCAACCUUUACCGUAUCGGUCAAAGCAAAGUGUUUUUCAGAGCUGGCGUACUUGCUCAUUUAGAAGAAGAACGUGAUCUAAAAAUUACAGAUGUGAUAAUUGGUUUCCAAGCCUGGUGCAGAGGUUACAUUGCAAGAAAAGCAUUUGCCAAACGUCAGCAGCAGCUUACUGCAAUGAAAGUAAUUCAAAGGAAUUGUGCAGCUUACUUAAAACUAAGGAAUUGGCAGUGGUGGCGUUUGUUCACAAAGGUUAAGCCUCUAUUACAAGCAAACAGAUUUGACGAGGAAUUGCAUGCAAAAGAAGUGGAACUUCAAAAAGUGAAAGAGCUUCAAACUGUAUCUGAACAGAAAGUUUUAGAGAUGGAACACUUCCAAAUGCAGCUUCAACAAGAGAAAAUUCAGCUGCAAGAACAAUUACAAGCCGAAACUGAGCUUUGUGCAGAAGCAGAAGAAAUGAGAGCUCGUUUAGCAGCUAAAAAACAGGAAUUGGAGGAAAUCUUGCAUGACUUGGAGUCUCGGGUAGAAGAGGAGGAGGAGCGAUGCCAGAUUCUGCACGCAGAAAAGAAGAAAAUGCAGCAGAAUAUUGGGGAACUGGAGGAACAGUUAGAGGAGGAAGAAGCUGCCAGACAGAAGCUUCAGUUAGAAAAAGUCACCAUUGAAGCAAAACUUAAGAAGAUGGAAGAGGAUGUAAUUGUCCUAGAAGAUCAGGCCAGCAAACUAAGCAAGGAGAAGAAAAUUCUUGAGGAACGCAUUGCAGAAUUUUCAACUAAUUUAGCCGAGGAAGAAGAAAAGUCAAAGAGCUUGGCCAAGUUGAAACACAAGCAUGAAACAAUGAUCUCUGACUUGGAAGAGCGUCUGCGCCGUGAGGAGAAACAGCGUCAGGAGCUAGAGAAGAUGCGUCGCAAGUUAGAGGGAGACUCCACAGACUUACAUGAUCAAAUUGCAGAGCUGCAAGCACAAAUCGCUGAAUUAAAAAUACAGCUAGCUAAAAAGGAAGAAGAAUUACAUGCUGCCCUUGCAAGAGUAGAGGAAGAGUCUGCUCAGAAGAAUAUAGCUCUUAAGAAAAUUAGAGAGCUUGAAGCACAGAUAAGUGAACUACAGGAAGACCUGGAAUCUGAAAGAGCUGCUCGCAGCAAGGCUGAAAAACAGAAGAGGGAUUUGGGAGAAGAACUUGAGGCUCUUAAGACGGAACUAGAAGAUACACUGGACUCCACAGCAGCCCAACAAGAGCUCCGAACAAAACGUGAACAUGAGGUGACCCAAUUAAAGAAAAGCUUGGAAGAGGAAGCUCGAAUUCAUGAAGCCCAAAUCCAGGAGCUUAGACAGAAGCAUGCUCAAUCGGUAGAAGAACUUUCUGAGCAGCUAGAGCAAACCAAACGGGUGAAAGGAAACCUGGAGAAGGCCAAACAGGCUCUGGAAAGUGAGCGUAAUGAUUUGGCCAAUGAGGUAAAGGCACUAUUGCAAGGCAAGGGUGAUUCUGAGCACAAGAGAAAAAAAGUAGAAGCUCAACUUCAGGAGCUGCAAGUGAAAAUCACAGAAGGAGACAGAUUGCGAGUAGAGCUGUCAGAAAAGGCAAAUAGGCUGCAGGUGGAUUUGGAUAAUGUCACAGGGCUUCUUUCUCAAGCAGAGACCAAGACUACCAAACUUUCUAAAGACUUUUCUACAAUGGAAUCUCAAAUUCAGGACACUCAGGAACUUUUGCAAGAAGAAACUCGUCAGAAGCUUGGACUUAGUACAAAACUGAAACAAAUGGAAGAUGAGAGAAAUGGUUUAAUUGAGCAACUAGAGGAGGAAGAGGAAGCAAAGAGAAACUUGUCAAAGCAGAUUUCAACACUGCAAGCCCAGAUGGCAGAUACAAAAAAGAAAAUGGAGGAGAGCAUUGGGUCAUUGGACUCUGUUGAAGAGCAAAAGAAAAAAAUGCAAAAAGAACUAGAAUCUGCAAACCAACAGUAUGAAGAGAAAGCAGCUGCUUAUGACAAGCUUGAGAAGACAAAAACUAGGCUUCAACAGGAACUAGAAGAUAUUACAGUGGAUCUUGAUCACCAACGUCAGAUUGUGUCCAACUUGGAAAAGAAGCAGAAAAAGUUUGAUCAGUUGCUUGGUGAGGAGAAGACAAUUUCCGCAAAAUAUGCAGAAGAACGUGACCAUGCUGAAGCGGAGGCUCGUGAAAGAGAGACCAAAGUGCUCUCCUUGGCACGCUCUCUGGAAGAGGCACUUGAAAUGAAGACUGAGUUAGAAAGGCUUAACAAGCAGCUGCGCACUGAAAUGGAGGACUUGGUUAGCUCUAAGGAUGAUGUAGGAAAAAAUGUUCAUGAACUAGAAAAGUCUAAGAGAGCGUUGGAACAGCAAGUAGAAGAAAUGAAGACUCAGUUGGAGGAACUUGAAGAUGAAUUACAAGCCACAGAGGAUGCCAAGUUGCGCUUAGAAGUUAACCUGCAAGCUAUGAGGGCACAAUUUGAGAGAGAUCUGCAAGGUCGUGAUGAGCAGAGUGAAGACAAGAAGAAACAACUUGUCAGACAAGUAAAAGAAAUGGAAGCAGAGCUUGAAGAUGAAAGGAAGCAACGUUCAUUGGCUGUAGCAGCCAGAAAGAAGUUAGAGAUGGAUCUAAAAGACUUGGAGGGACAAAUUGACUCUGCAAACAAAAAUAGAGAAGAAGCAAUGAAACAACUGCGUAAAUUGCAGGCGCAAAUGAAGGAUUACCAGAGAGAGUUGGAAGACACUAGAGCAUCCAGGGAUGAUAUUUUAAGUCAGUCUAAAGAAAAUGAAAAGAAACUUAAAAGUCUGGAGGCGGAGAUGAUCCAUAUGCAGGAGGAGCUUGCUGCAGCAGAGCGUGCCAAAAGGCAAGCCCAACAGGAAAGAGAUGAACUGGUAGAUGAAAUUGCAAAUAGCAGUGGUAAAGGUGCUCUGGCUUUAGAAGAGAAAAGACGUUUAGAAUCUCGCAUUGCACAACUGGAGGAAGAACUGGAGGAGGAACAGGGCAAUACUGAACUGGCCAACGACAGACUGAGAAAGGCUACUCUCCAGAUUGACCAGAUGAAUGCUGAUCUGAAUGCAGAACGUAGUAAUGCUCAGAAGAAUGAGAAUGCCCGUCAGCAAUUGGAUCGACAAAACAAGGAGUUAAAAACAAAAUUGCAAGAAUUGGAAGGAUCUAUUAAAUCCAAAUUCAAGGCAUCUAUCACUGCCUUGGAAGCAAAGAUCGCACAAUUGGAGGAACAGCUUGAUACUGAAACAAAAGAAAGACAGGCUGCAAGUAAACAAGUCCGUCGCUCAGAGAAAAAGCUGAAGGAUGUGCUAAUGCAAAUGGAAGACGAAAGGCGCAAUGCUGAACAGUUUAAAGACCAGGCAGAGAAAAAUAAUGUUCGUAUGAAGCAGUUGAAGCGCCAGGUAGAAGAGGCAGAAGAAGAAGCACAGCGUGCCAAUGCUUUGAGACGAAAAUUGCAGCGUGAACUUGAGGAUGCCACAGAAACCGCAGAAGUAAUGAACCGUGAAGUUAAUACCCUUAAAAGCAAACUUCGACGUGAUGUACCAUUUGUUACAAGACGUGUUGGAAGAAAGGGAGUUGAUGAAGCUUCUGAUGAAGAUUUGGAUAGCAAAGCGGAUCCUGGUGAUUUAAAAUCUGAUUAGGGAUUUAGCCAUCAUGUAGAGUUCAAACUCUAAAUAAUAUACCUUGAUGGAAAGCCAUGACCCACUCUUUAGAUUUUGUUUUUAUAAAAAGCCAUUGCUUGAUCAUACGUAAUCAUUUUCCAUUGAAUGUGUUUUGUGGCUAAGUCUCAAACUCCAAAUGUUUAGGCAGUUUCUGGUAUGAGUGGAUUUGUGAUGUAGUUUGUUGCCUUAAUUCCAAGUGUCUUUGAUAGUGCAGCUGCAAACGCAUUUGGUUUACCUUCCCUCUUGAAACUUUUUUGUCAAUAAAUGGUUCUGUCUGUUAUAUCUAUCUUUUGCUAUUUUGCCAAAAUUCAUUGUCCAAGUCUAUUAAGGACCAAAUAUUUAAAGUUUGGAUCGCAUUUUUUAUAUUGCAAAUGUGUUUUGUAUACCUAACUUUAUACAAGGAUAAAUUGUUAUAAACGUUUAACUGAUGAGUUGGCUGUUCUGCACCACUUACAUGAACUGAUAUACUGUGCAUUCCUUAUUUUAAUGGUCAAACAGUUUUCAAAUGCAUUUUUGCAUCACUGCCAGUCAUUACAGAUCAUAUAAAUGUAUGCGUAGUACUGUUCUGUUAAACCAAAUAACAUAUUCAAAAGAAUUUACAAGAUCUUUACAGACCUGCUAUUAUAACUUUUCAGAUUAUUCUGUAGCGUGCAAGUGCAUUUUUUUUUUCUGCAGCCUGUUUGCUUGAUGAAUCACAAGAAUUGAUGAAUCACAAGGCAAUUUGUUUUUGCUAUUGCUUAUAAUAAAUAUUAACAGUACUGCAAA